UUUUUACAAUGGCAAUGGUAGGAGUUACCAAGAGAAGUAUUGAGGAGUUCAUCCCCAAUUCUAAGGACUUGAAAGAUGUCACAGGUGUAGGACCUGGCACUUAUUCACCGAAACUUUAUGAGAAGGAUAUGAGUUAUACACACCAGAAGGCCCCACCGUUUAAUACCCAGGAUGGCAAGUGGAGUCCUGAGAAGGAAAGCGUUAAGAAGAAUAUACCAGGCCCUGGAGCUUAUAAUUUAAGCCAAGAUUUGAACAAAGGCAAAGUCAUUGCGCUAAAUAUGGAUAAGAGGACUUAUUAUAUCCAGGAUCCUGCUAAUGCACAUAAGAGAAUGACUUCGUUGGAUAAUUCUAUUAAGAAGGAUAGGCUAGAUAUAGUUAGCAAAGAUCAAAAUCCUGGUCCAGGAGCAUAUGAAGCAGACUCUUUGUUCGAUAAAAUGAUUGAAGCUGAGAGGAUUAGAAAAUAAAGAUCAAGGCUAUCUAAAGCAAAAUGCAACAUCUAACACUAGCUUGAAUAUGAAAGAGCUACAAACUUCCGAUUCUAACCCUUCUGGGUAUAAAUUCAACCAUGGUCCUGUCUGGGAUACAUCAACAACAACAAAUUCCCGAAUGUUGAAGAUGAACUCAAGCAGAUCAUCAUUUACAAGCCAAAAGAAAGAUGGGUAUAAAUUUGCUAUAGCAGAGAGGAACUUGGAGUUUCCUGUAAGCCAAUAUCCAAAGGUAGGACCUGGCUCAUACUUCAAAGAAGAUCAUUUAAACAGGAUGAAAUUUGCAAAGACAUCUAAGAAUUCAUCACAGUUUUCUACUCAAAGAGCCUCAGUUGCCAAAUCUCUGCAUAGCAGGCACAACACUGAGAAUAUUAAGAAGAGGCAGAACACUCAGUAUUUCCACAAAUUCAGAGGUAACAAGAAGAAAGUGAACAGCAUCUGUGCUAAUUUUGAAGACUCUGAUAGUGAUUAUGAGAGUGAUAAGCCAGGGCCAGGUAGUUAUUACAAUCCUGAAAUUGAAACUAAUUUUAAGACUAAACAAGACUCGACUCCUUUCCAGUACUUCGGAACCACUUCUCCCAGGUUUCAGACUAGUGAUAAUAAUAAGAACCCUGGACCAGGAACUUACAAGCAAAAAGUUGAGAUUCCAAGAAAAGGGGAAUAUACUUCUUCAGUAUUUAAGAAAGAGAGAAGAAUAGAUACAAUUUUUGAAAAAUUCAUGUCUCCUGGGCCUGGUCCAGGAAAGUAUAACAACGCUGGCACUGAUUUUCAUUCGAAAUAAGCAUUAUAAGGACAAGAAGGGAAACAGUUUGCACUUUAUUAGCGCAGAGAGGAGGUUCAUCAAUGAACCUGAAUACGUGAAAAAUCCUGGUCCUGGAAAAUAUUUUGACACGAAAGACCCAUUAGCAAUCAAUGGACCUUUACCAAAAUUUGAUUCAAAUUUUGGAUCGAAAACCAAGAGAAAGAUUGAGAAAUUUCUAGUUCAAAAUGAGAAUUCACCGAUGUACAACUUGCAGAAUCAUAAUUCAAUGUCUCAGAGAAAACCGACUGCUGGAGCUCCAAACAAUUUCACAAUUAUGUACAAGAAGGAAGCUCCAUUUAUGACCUCCUCUCCAAGAUUUACAGAAGAUGAGAUUGAGCCUUUGACUAAGUCAGAUAAACAAAGAGGAAAGAACUCUUUAUUAAAUAAGCUAAUUUCAGAGGCAAUCAAGCAAAGAAUUCCAAGGAUGCCUUUUAAUCAAUCAGACGAGAGGUUCAAAAGUAUGCCAAAGAGGCAACCAGGGCCUGGAGAGUAUGAUACUGACAGGAACAAGUGGAAUAAGCAGACUUUCAACCUGCGGUUCAUUAAGUAG